AUGCCGGAUCCUUUCGUAAAAGAUGAAAGUGAAAUCCAUGAGAAUAAGGUCAUGCUGAGCGUCUGGUGGGGAGUUCAUGAAAUCUACCGUUUCGAACUGCUGCCGGACAACACGACAGUUAUUGCCGAGGUCUACUGCGCUCAACUGCAAAGACUGGCCUGGAGAUCGGAUGGGAAGUUCUACCGCACCCACCGCACACCCCGGACCUGGCUCCGAGCGACUACCACCUCUUCCGAUCGCUUCAGCAUCACUUGGAAGAGAAGCGCUACGAUGACCGUGACCUCGAAAAUGACCUUGGGGCUUUCUUCGCCUCCAAGUCGUUGGCAGAAGGUUGUCGAUGUUGAUGGAGAUUAUUUAGUCGAAUAA